AGCCGCCUCGUCUCCAUGAGAACCCCUGGAAGGGGGGGCCGUCCCCCUCACGCGCGUGCCUCGCCUCCAGUGACGCGACAGCCGCUCAGUCCCGGAGAGGGUUCGGCGGGCGCAUGCGUGGAGAGGGAUAACCGCUCCUCUGAGGCGGGGAGCGGAGGAGCGAGUGGAGGCGUUAGGGACGCGAAGCUUAGGUUCCUUUGCGAGUAUCAUCAAGCAGCAGCAGCAGCCAUGUGGCAUCUCUACUCUGCGCCUAGGCUACUCUUCCUCGUCCUGCUACAAACGAAACAUUACAGUUCGUCAGAUUGCAAAUGGACAGCUUCGGUCAACAUGUUUGGAGCCCUUGGGGCUGGCCGGCAUAUCUUUUUGAACCAGAGCGUAGUUAAAAGUGUGACCACUGUCUUUGAGGAACUGGUGGACUCGGCUAUAGACCCUGAGGACAAAAAUGCACAUUACCUGGGAUUUCCGUAUUACCUGAAAAUUAACUUGAGCUGCAGGCUUCAGGACUCGGAAUCAGCCAUUCGAUUAGCUCACUAUACCGGGCUUAGACCGAUUGUGAUUGUCGCUUUUGAAGAACCCGUCCACCCUGUGGUACAGAAACAAGAGCAGCUGGAGAUUGAAAUGAGGGCUGCUCCAUUCAGGGUCCCAGGACAAUGUGACAGCGAGGAAGUAUGUAAUAUGUGCUGGUAUGUGCCAAUGCCUCUCUUGAGUGGCAGCGCAGUGAUGCAUGUGAAGAUAAAGAGCAACGACCUCGGUCUGCCUGUGGACAGCAAGAGGAUGUCCAUCAAUGUCAACGGCUUUGCAUACAUGAGCAACAAGAGGGCUUUCUUCAGGAUUGGAAGGAAGGUACUCAAACUGAGGGAGUUCCUGGCUCUGGACCACAAGUCGCGUCCUCUGUGGAAUACUUACAAACAUGCCCCUGUGCUUAUCCUCGGCGGGAUCCCCAACAGCAAGAUUGUCCUCCUGUCAGACACGGGAUAUGAAGAUUUCUUUUCAAUAGAGUUGGGCAUCGACAGCUGCUGGAUUGGCUCCCUCUCGUGCCCGCAGGCGACGUUCUCCUCUUCCAUUGUUGACACCAUCUCCACAGAAAGCACUCUCUUCAUCCGACAGAACCAGCUAGUGUACUAUUUCACUGGGAGCUACCCUAUCUUGCAGCUUAACACCUCUGGCUCUGAAUUGUGGGCGCGCAUCUUAAACAAUGUCUGUGUGAAGAAUCUAAACCCGGUGCAUUUUGCUCAGAACAACACCGAGUAUGUGAUUGCCCUUGGUGGUGGCUGGCAGGAGGGAGAAUUCUUCCUUAUUACUUCUAAAGAUGGAAUUGUGCAUGUCUCCAAAUCCAAAAGGUCUGAUGGGAAGACAGCGUGCAACUUUUUGAGACUCACGAAGUGCAGCAUUGUGUGGGCCGUCUUCUCUACUCAGGAGAACAAGUUCAUCCUACUAGUGAACGAGCUGGAAACGAAUAACCACUUCAUUGUCUUUUUCUAUCGAGAAGGAGAGUAUUUUGAGCACGUCUAUGAGCCCCCCAAGUUUGUCCCCAAAGGCUCCGAUAAAGGGUUUGUGAUGCUGCUGGGGAACGAACAGUAUACAAACACAAGCCUUGUCCCGAGGGGAUUGUCCUUCAACCCCUUCAGUAUGAUAUUCUACAUCUGGGGGAAUGUAAUCUUGCAAAGCAACGACAUGGUGAGUUACAUAUACCUCUCCAACUUCCCGAGUACAUCCUUCAUCAAGUAUUUUGUUCAGUCGUAUCAUGGGCAGUUUGCCUGUGUGACAGACGAAGAUGAGAUCUGGGUUGCCGAUGAACGUGGCUCAGAAAUAAAAAAGGUGUAUCCAUCGAAAGCCUGGGAUGUGUUCAGCACUCUGCAGGUAAUGGGAGGCUCGCCAGAUUAUGGCCUGCAAGAGGCCCUGGUCAGCGUCUUCUAUGACAUGGACGAGCUGCAAGAGCUGGUGUAUAUGGCGAAUGGAAGCAGCAAAGAAAGAAUAAUCAAGCGGAAAUUCCCUCUGGAUUAUAUUUUGACUUACGACCAGAUGAUAACCAUCGCCUACAAAAGUAUCCUAUAUGAAGGAAGGGACUACAUCCGGUUCACCCACCCCUGCCCGUUUGCCAUCCUGCGCAUUGUGGAGCUGCCACUCCCGCAGCGCUUCACCCGGGUGGAGCAUUACCGUGCUGAGCCGCCCGACAUCAUGGACAAAACCGGCUUCCAUGACAACCGUACGCUGGCGGUGUACCAAGGGCUUGUCUUCCAGCUGCUCUGGCUGCACUCGGCCUACAACAGGCCUUACGCAGACCCAGUCCACGAUCCUACAUGGCGCUGGUGGAAGGACAAGAAAGAAAAUGCGGAAUACUACUAUUACGUAGCGAGCAACAGGAAUUCCUCGGGAGGCAUGUACGUCGACAUGAGCAACUAUGCCAAGAUCUACACGCGGACUUCAAAUAAUAAGCUGCCUGUCACAAUCUUCCUGGACAAGAACAACACUUACACCUUCUCCGUGUACUUGAGCAUCAGGACAUCCAAAGAGAGCAUGGGGGAGUCGGCGGAAGAAAAUUCCCUCAAUGCUGUGUGGCUUACAGUAGUUUUAGCCCAUCCAGAAUACCUCCAUGCACAUCUGCAAAGACAAGAACUCAUUAGCAGAGGCUCAGUGCUAUAUGAGGUGACAAUCAGUGAUGCCGGCCUUUACCCAAGGCAAGAACUCAGUGGGAAGAACCUUCUGAAGAGUUCGCUUGUUAUGAAGGUUGUGCGUUCGAGGAUGAACUGUUACCACUACACGGACGAGGGGCCAGAGAUAACGGGCAACAAUCACAUGGGUGUCAACGUUGGAUGCCCUCCGGGCAAGAGGCUGGCUUUUGACAUCACGGGCACUCUUAAGGAAACCAAGCUGAAGAACAAGCGCUACUUUGACUGCUACUACCCAGACCCGGAGAUGCCCUGCUUCUACUUUAGCGACGUGCUCUACCCUUCCUUUUUGAUCCAAGACAUGGUGACAGGAGACUCUGGCCUUUUCAAGGGAAGCUACGUCUUCAAGGUCAUUGGCGGGGGAACAUUGCAAGAGAACAUCUCUUUCUUCACCGAGGAAGAGGUUGUACAGUACAACACUAUGAACGGCAGCGAUACAUCCAGUUUGAUCUGGCUUAGGCAUGAGAGUGUCGAAGAUAUGGUGGACCCCGAAGGCUUCCACAUUUUAUCUUAUAACAACUCUGGGAUUGUGUGGGUGUGCCAGAAGAAUUCCCCCUGCUACGAUACCGUUCCCACAGAAAUGUCUGCUCCCGAUUAUUUCUUUGUGGUAAAGGUGUCCAACAGGGACGUGGACCAAACCACCUAUUGUGACUACGCCUUGCAGUUCAUCAUCCACGUCCACGGCCUGGUCCUCAGCCCCAGCCGGGCCAUGUUCCUAAUGCAGAUUUCGAUGGGGGUUGUAAUCAUCCUGGUCAUCAUAUACAUUCUGAUCUACAUCCUGAGCCCCAGGGUCAAGAUCUUCUGCCACAAAACCUUCCGGAGAUUCGGGGAUGCCUUUGCUUUUCGGACUGCGUCCAGCCUCACCUUCUCAUCUUCCUUUACCAGUCAGGGUUCGCUGCACCAUGAUAGUGAGACUAGAUCUCUACACGCUGCCUCUAAAGGGGUCUCGGGAAUGACAGUCACACCGUGACACCAGCUCCGUCUCCCAGGCUGCUUGUUCCAAUAGCCAUUUCCUGUGUUGUCCGGAUCAGAAAUAUCCCACCCACCCACCUCCACUCCCUGUGGCUCUAAGAAAACCCUUCAAAGGCUAACUCAAGCAGCUUCUGGAGUGAGCUGGGUGACACUCAGCUCAGACCCAGCAGUUCAUGGCAACCAAAUGACUUCUGAAUCAUUUCAGAAAUAGGGAAACCAGGAUUAACAUAGGGAACUGGCCAGCCACACAGCUUGCUUGCAGGGGAUUUCAGGAGGAGGACCCACAGAUAUUUGUGGUGGCUCAUGGGAUUGUCUUUGAGCAAGCCAUUUGGCUCAUUCACACGUGAAUCUCAUGUGAAUGAGCCAGAGGAUUACUCCAGAAGCCAGUUGCUCUCUGUCAAACGGCUAAGAUAUCAGCUGGUGGGAGAUGUCUGGAGGCGACCUGGUUCCUAAGCACCUCACCCCAGGGAGUAUCUUAUCAGAUGCAGUGGGAGUGUCUUGUUCACCUUGACCAGGGAAGACGUAGUUGAAAGACUGUAACCCAUGUAUUCUCAUGACACACACGAUUGUAGUUAAAGGGUUAAUGGCAAUCACCAAGCCAAGUACACUUCUGUAGAGCAGGGCGUGAGAACCUGUGUUUUAGCACGGAUCAUGACCCCACUGCCACAGUUAACUAGAAUUAAACAAUGACUAGUAACUACAUAUCAUAGUUUAAUCCUAGUUAACUGUGGUGGCAAGACUGUGAUCGGCACUAAAGCGCACUCAGCUCACCGGUCGUAGCUACUACAAUUGUUGUAACUACAAUUGUGCGGGUCGUGAGAACACGGCCUCUGCUGCUGUUUUCGUUGUUUAAUUUGCUGUUCUCCACGCCCCUUCAGUCACUCAAGUGCAGCCCAUCUCUCUCACAAUGUGUGAAUUCUCUUCCCUUACCCUACUGCUGUGUAGCUCUUCCCUGAUGAAAGUAUCACAGAAUUAAACCAGGCAGGGUAGAAAUAGAGCUGGUCUGUCCAUCUCACACAGUGGGAAAAGCCACAAGAAUCCAAUCCUGUGUGUACGUCUCCUGGCCUACUUUUAAAAACAAAUUUCUAUAUGUUGGCAGUUUGUGAAUGAAUGGAAAACCUUUGUGUCUCCUAAUGUAUUCCUAUAUUUCCCUUAAUAAGAAGAUGGUUACCUUUUUACCUGUGUAAAAGGUAAGACUGUCUCUUAAUCCUCUUACCUGUAUUCACUCCUCUCCUAAUGAUUUGUUUGGGUCAGCCCUUCCAGAGUCAUAUGCUUUGUUCAAUAAACCCCUGGCUACUUUGCUUUGGUAA